AUGACAGGUUUGUCAAACUGGACAAAGCAGGACCUAAUUAAAGACUAUGAGGAGAGUAAAGAAGAGGAACACGAUGUCAAAAUUGAGGACAAAGUUCAUUUAAAGACUGAUGGUAUUUUAAAAGUGAGAGACAAGAGUUGUUUUACCUGCAUUCGGUGUGGCAAGAGUUUCAGCCAAGCAUCAUACCUUACUAAACACAUGAUGAUCCACACUGGAGAAAAACCAUUCACAUGCCCUCAGUGUGGGAAGAGUUUCAGCCAAUCAUCAUACCUUACUAAACACAUGAAUAUCCACACGGGAGAAAAACCAUUCACAUGCACUCAAUGUGGGAAGAGUUUCAGCAAAUCAUCAUCGCUUUAUAGACACAUGAAGAUCCACACCGGAGAAAAACCAUUCACAUGCACUCAGUGUGGGAAGAAUUUCAACCAAUCAUCAUUCCUUAAUAAACACAUGAGGAUCCACACUGGAGAGAAACUAUUUACAUGCCCUCAGUGUGGGAAGAGUUUCAACCAAUCAUCAAACCUAAAUCAACACAUGAUGAUCCACACUGGAGAGAAACCAUUCACAUGCCCUCAGUGUGGGAAGAGUUUCAACCAAUCAUCAAACCUAAAUCAACACAUGAUGAUCCACACUGGAGAGAAACCAUUCAUAUGCCCUCAGUGUGGGAAGAGUUUCAACCAAUCAUCAAACCUAAAUCAACACAUGAUGAUCCACACCGGAGAAAAACCAUUCACAUGCCCUCAGUGUGGAAAGAGUUUCAGCCAAUCACCAUACCUUACUAAACACAUGAUGAUCCACACUGGAGAAAAACCAUUCACAUGCCCUCAGUGUGGGAAGAGUUUCAGCCAAUCACCAUACCUUACUAAGCACAUGAUGAUCCACACUGGAGAGAAACCAUUCACAUGCCCUCAGUGUGGGAAGAGAUUCAGCAAAUCAUCAUUGCUUUAUAGACACAUCAAUGUCCACACCAGAGAAAAACCAUUCACAUGCACUCAGUGUGGGAAGAGUUUCAGCAAAUCAUCAUCGCUUUAUAGACAAAUGAAGAUCCACACCGGAGAAAAACCAUUCACAUGCACUCAGUGUGGGAAGAGUUUCAUCCACUCAUCCCACCUUAAUAGACACAUGAAGACCCACACUGGUGUGAGAGAGUAUAUGUGCUUGGAGUGUGAGAAGACUUUUAUUACAGCUGCAGAAUUUAAACGGCACCAGAGGAUUCACAUUGGAGAAAAACCGUACAAGUGUUCACUCUGCAGUAAGAGGUUUACUCACUCAGGAACCUUGAAAACACAUAAGAGGAUUCACACUGGAGAGAAACCGUAGACAUGAUCAGUGUUUACAGAGUUUCACUCAUUCGGGGCAGCUUAAGAAACACAUGGGAUGGUUUCUGGUAUAGCGUCGACACGUGUAGCAGCAUAGAAAGAGCGCUCCCAUACACACUGGUAUUAAUUCUCCUUUUUACAUUAUAGAUGAUAACCUAAACCAUAUUUAAAUAACAUGGAGGGGGACAAAAACAAAAAGGCUCGGACAAAACAACUAUUAAAACUUGAAAAAAACGAGACCUCAACAGAAACGGAGCAGCAAGUUGGAGAAUUGGAGGAGAACAUUGCUGAGAUGAAAGAAAUGCUCGAUCAAUCCAUCCAAAUUCAGAAAACUUACAAGAGAAACUGUUAGAUCUAGAAACACGCUCCGGUAGAAAUAAUAUUCAGAUCAUUGGAACCCCGGAAGGAAGCGAAUGGAAUAAUAUCCAAGACUUGGUGGAAACGAUUUUCAUCACUCGACAGAUUGGACCUUAAAAUCCAACGUGUCACCGGGCACUCAGACCAAAACCACCCACUGACACCACCCUAGAUCAGUGGUGGUAUUCUUCCUGGAAUACAAAAUGUAGGACCUGGUCCUCUGCUCUGCAUGAAGAAAGUAAUACACUGCAAUGAAAAAAGGAUUUUCUUUGACCAAGACUACCCACCUGAGAUCCAACAGAAAAGAUGGGUGUUCGCUCCGAUAAGAAAAAUUCUGAAAGAAAAGGGGAUUAAGUUCCAAACACCACCGCCGGCGAAACUUAGAAUCUUUCUUGAAAACAGGCCCAUCAUGUACAAUUCGAUGACGGAGGCAUCAAGAGAUCUGAAAGAAUAAGGACUGAUAAACAGCAAAGAAGAAACUAUUAUAGGAAUCUCUGAGAAAGUGAAACAAAGACCUCGGCAAAAAGUUGGAGUGACAUCGAAGAAAAGUAAGGAAAAAAAUUUCAAAGGGACAACACUAGCUCCGUUUGAAAGAAGGGUUAAACCUGACAGAUCCUAACAAAGAACUCUGAGAGCCUGGUAAAACUUCUUGACUUGAUUCACCGAUGAUGGACAUUUAAAUCAUUUGAAUGAAGAAUAGUAUCUAACCGAACUGACCAACGACACAAGAUGAACGAUUGAAGCACACCAAGACUCAUUGAGUAUUUGAGUAACAUACUGGUAGGAAGACAAAGGGAUUAUAAUUUAUACACUUAAAAUCCCUUGCUAUAAUUAGAAAGUAGAAAAUUUUAACUUGAAAACCUUGUCAGAAAUACAAGAAUAUAAUAUUGCCAGAUAUGGGUGCUGAAUAUAUUCGUUAACAUUUUUUUGUGCAAUAGGAACAGUAAGGAGGGGCC